UGUAAGCUGCUGUGGUGAAGUAGCACCCAUCACACACCAUCACACACGCGCUGACAAACUUGACUAAUAAUGGCCCAUCUCCAAUAAAGUCAACCAUCCCUUCUCUUCUAAACCUGCUGCCAUCGUGAUUUUCUCCCUCUUCGUCCCUCGUCGUCCCUCGCCAUUGCCGCCGUCAAGGCAACAUGCAUCCUCAUCGCCAGCCGUCGCCCUCGGGCUACUUGCAGCCCGGAGCAUUAUCCUCAUCGUCUCGGCACCCUCGAAGGCCCUCGCCCGAGCCAUCGCACUCACCCAACCCGGCCACCCCGGUAGCCUUCGACGAAGCCGGAGUCGAAUAUUUCCCCGCCCUGUCUGAAGCUCCCUCGACUCGAUCUCGCAUUUCGCUGCCCUUGUCGCGUCCAUCCUCGCGUCCAUCGUCCAUUGUUAGCGCCACCGGAAACCGCCCGGCGCUGGAGCAGGGGGGCCGUCUUUCCAGCAUCCGCAUCCGACGAUCCUCAAAUGCAUCCCUCCGCGCCUCCGGGAACGACCUCGUCCCCCCGAACUCGGGUAUUUUCGAGGCCCACGAUGGCUUCCAGGGCGGUCGUCCUCGUAGCAUCUCGCAACCCGAGCGUGCUCACGUCCCCGACAACGCUGGCCUGGCCCGGCACUCAAGGAGGGUUCCGCAAGUUGCCAUGCCGCGUCUAACAGAGGAGGGUGGUCGUCCGACUCUCACUGAACUUGGCCUCGAGCCGACGUCACCUCUCUCUCCGACCAUGUCCCUACCCGAGCACACAACCAGUCCCACUCAGGACCUGCCUCAAACUCAAGACCUCGACGGAACCAGGCCGCAAAGGGCAAGGAGACUGACCCGGAUGCUGUGGCCUGGAAACAUCCGACGACAGGUCAACAGCCGCGAGUCUCGGCUAUCUCAGGCCCAGGAACCCGAUGAUGAAUACGGCCAGGAAUUGGUCGAUUGGCUGGACAUGAUUGAUCCCGAGGUCCAGACCUUGUCUACUCUUACCAACGUGCAAAACUCCCUGUUCAUUCCCGACUUGGGCGGCUGGAUCAACCGCCGUCCCACCUACGUCCUCUCCGACCACGCGCCCCAGCAGGAGUGGGCAAGGGGGGCCCUCGCCGAAGAAAAGCGCCGUGAACAAGCAGACCAAGAGCCAGCAGAGUUGGACGCGGACCGUCCUCCUAUUCAAAGAACCAGCACAAUAUCAUCCCGCCUGACAGAGUCGCACUAUGCAGCUCUUCCGCAUGGUACGAGCCUCGAGGGGUGGAGUGCCGCCGAAAAGUCCGAGCUAGACGACCAUGUCCGACACAUGCUGCACUCACGGCGAUCCAGGUUCAAACGGAGAAUGAAGGGAUUCGGUCAAUACGUCAGAAGACCGCUGGGCUUCUUUGUCACCCUCUAUGCCACUCUCAUCACCCUCUUUGGCCUUGCAUGGGUUCUCUUUCUCAUCGGCUGGAUCUAUGUCGGAGAUAAACAAGUUUACACCAUCCACAUCAUCGACAGUGUUCUUGUUGCCCUCUUCGCCAUCAUGGGUGAUGGCCUGGCACCCUUCAGAGCCGUCGACACUUACCACAUGUUCUUUAUUGCUCGCUAUUCUCGUAAGAUUCGCAACGCGGAGAAGGGCAAGAGGCCCAGGUCAAGACUUCAAAAGCGCAGCAUCCCCGAAGAAGUGGCCAACAGCCUCGACGCCAACGGGGGACAUGUUACCUCUCACCAGGCCCGAGAGAUUCUGGCAUCCACAGGCCCUUGCGCGUCUGCUAAUGAAGAAGUCGGGACCGACCCCAACCAACUAGCCGAUCUCGAGAGUGCAAAGACGUCGGUAUCGGAAAACGACAUUCCCGCCUUGACCUACGCUCAGCUGAAAAGCCUCCAACAUCACCAGAAGAAGUUUGCCAAGUCUCACAGUUUUUACAAACCACAAGAAACAUUUACCCAUCACUCAUUCCCGUUGGGCUACCUUAUGGGCAUCGUCAUCCUCCUCGACUGUCACUCUCUCUUGCAGAUUUCGCUGGGCGCCUGCACAUGGGGAAUCGACUACCACACCCGACCAUUUGCCAUUACGACUGUAAUUCUCUGUGUGAGCAUCACCUGCAAUAUUACUGCUGGUCUAUUGAUUAGCAGAGGUGAUCGGAAGACGAGAAAGAAGGAGGUGAUGGAUCUUAUCAAUAGACAAGAGCUUACAGGAGAUGCCAUCAAGCAUAUCGAGAAGAAAAAGAAGGAGCAAGAGAAGGAAAAGGAAAAGGACAGGGACCAAAACAAGGAUGACCAGCAGAGCGAGAGUUCAUCGAGCACGAAGCAUAACGGGAGUUUUAAGAGCGGGAAACUUUUCAAGUCGCCAAGCUGAGAGUGAAGCAUGACUAGAUAGAUGAACACGACAUAUACCAUGCACGGCCGAAUCAAUAUUGAAUAAUACUUAAUUGAUCCUUCCAAUGCUGACUGUGUACUUUGGCAGGGAUGAGAUUAUAUCCCGAUGUAGCUCCCGCCCAAUCGAGAUGCUGACCGGGUCGGUGCGGUAUCAGACUUUUUACUAGGCUUGCCAAGACAUCAGCCGCAUAAGUGCGCCAAGACUUCUUG